AUGCGUAUGGCGCAGAAAGAGAAGAAGACCGACGGAGAUCCGAGGACCAAUAUAUUGGGCAGAGCCAUUGAAGAUGAUUUUGCUACGAUUAGGGAGAAUUAUGCUACUCCAAAACAUCCUGUCGUCCUAGCACACGGUCUUAUGGGUUUCGGCGAGCUCCAGAUAGUACCGAAAUUCUUCCCAUUUCCUCCAGUUCAUUACUGGCGGGGGAUCACAGACGCAAUGCGCGCAAAUGGCAUCGAGGUCAUCAUCGCCUCGGUCCCCGCUUUGGGGUCAAUCGAAGAACGGGCUGCGAAACUGGGACAAGAUAUAGCGACCAAGGCGAAUGGAAAGAGCGUUAAUAUCAUAGCACACAGUAUGGGAGGUCUGGAUGCUCGAUACAUGAUCUCUCGCCUACAACCCAAUAAUGUCGAAGUCCUCUCUCUGACGACGGUUGCUACUCCACAUCGAGGUUCUGCUUUCGCGGAUUACUGUUUCCAGGAGAUUGGUGCUAAUUACCUGCCGUAUUUUUACAAAUUCUUCGAUAGGCUGGGCAUCAGUACGGGAGCCUUCAGCCAGUUGACGAGGAAGUACAUGGCGGAAGAGUUCAAUCCAAAAACACCAGAUGCUCAGGGUGUGAGGUACUUUUCUUACGGGGCUACUUUCGCACCCAGCUUUUGGAGUGCAUUCCGGCAGCCGCAUAAGAUUGUGCAGAAGCUGGAGGGGAUCAACGAUGGGUUGGUUAGCGUGGAAAGUGCGAAAUGGGGGGCGUAUAAGGGGACAUUGGUAAACGUUUCUCAUUUGGACUUGAUCAAUUGGACGAAUAGGAUCAAGUGGGCCGUUUCGCAACUGAGUGGAAACGAGAGAAAGUAA